AGUUUGUUUACAUCAGACUUCAGAGGGCUUGAAGGUUGAAGCAGGAGACUGCACUUACUCAAUACUUAUCUUUUGUGGUGAGGAGAAACUUUAGAACUGAGAAUAGAGGGUGCCCAACCAUGCCGCGCCUCACAAGGUUAUUGCAGUGUGUGGCAGAGUCAACCAAGAAGACUUCCAACCUCCCAGAUGGCUACAUAAAGCGGGCCAUGGAACAGGUUUCAUGGAGGACUCCAAAUGCUCGACAGUACCAAAAGGCAGAGGUCAAGAGGAAAAAGUAUAGAUUCAAUACUUACAGACCAUGGACACAACAAUUCAAACUUGCAAAUGCCCCAGGAAAGCAUUACAAGAAAUUGUUUUUGGAACCUGUACUUGAAUGGUCUUUCUUCAAGGGUGACAAGGUAGAGGUACUAGUAGGAGAUGACAAGGGCAAGCAAGGCCUGGUGAACUACAUAGUGGAGGAGAGAAACUGGGUCAUGGUGGAGGGCCUUAACUGCACUUACCAGACCAUUGGAAAAAAAGAUGAUUACCCAGGUAUGAUGAUGAAGGUUGAGGCACCCCUCUUAGUAACAGGUCAGGUAGCUCUUCUGGAUCCAUCUGACAACAAGCCAACUGAGGUUGAGUGGCGCUUCACAGAGGAAGGAGAGAAGGUGAGAGUAUCAACACGUACUGGCAGGAUAAUUCCCAUUCCAAAGUUAGCUGAGGAAACCCCAGACUACAAGACAAAGUCAACAUAUACUGAGCAAGACAAAGACACAACAGCAGAGGAGGUCACCAGCAUAACCUUUCAACCCACUCUAAGGACCUUUGAAAUGGACAUUGCUGAGAAGAUGGGUAUUAAGGAAGAUCGGAUUCCUCGCAAGACCUAUUGGUACUGAGACCAAUGGUGUCCUUUGUGAAGUGGUCUAGGUCCUCUCCAUGCAGAAGACUUAUUCACCUGCAUGUACACCGCAGUGCAUCAUUUAUUCUACUCUGUAUCAAAUAUUGUAAAGCAAGCAUACUAUUAGUCAUCAAAGUCAUGUUUAUUGGAAUCCUUGUUGGUACUUAUUGUUGUACAAUGUUUUGCCUGAAGAACACUGAUGGAAAUAAUUAUUCCCUUCUAUAUAUGAAAGAAACUAUGACCUUUCUCUUGUAAGGUCCAAAGAGACUAGGAAAUGGGUGUGUGAUAUAUCAUCCAUACAAAGUCACAUACUUCACUGCAAGCUUCUAUUUGUCCAUCCAAGGUCUCUCUAACACAGUUGUAGGUCAUUCAUUGUAUUGAACUGAAAAAAGCAUGUAAACAGAAAGAAAAAAGACACACCUCAUAAGUAUGCAUAACACAAUAUUACAAAUGGUUUCCAAGUCAUGUCAUAAUGUCCAUCAUCUAAUUACAUUGGACAUUUUUUCCUUUGGGUCACAUUGAUAAAAAGAAGUUGUCAUAAUCAAAAUAGAGUAAGACAACACAGUGGAACAGUUUAGAGUUCAGAGAACAAUAAACAGUGCUCCAUUCACUUCUUUCCAUUUGUGAUGCCAAUUUAAUUUGAUUGCAAGGUGGAUAUGUAAGAGUUAUCUUCAUGUAGUAGAUUGAUGCACCAACAUUUUUUCCUUUUUAAUUGAUAGAGUUUUAGACUAAUUAAGGAAUACAUGAGGAUAAAGUACAAGAAAUGAAAUGUGCAGAAGUAAGAUGUUUACACAAAAGUAACAAGAAUUUCUGCUUUAGAAAGAUUUCAAGGGAUGGCUACCAGAAUAUGCAGAUAAAUAUCCUUUAUUUAUUUAUUUUAUUUAUUCAUUUAUUAUUAUUUUUUUUUUGUGUGUGUUUUGCCUUUAGUGCCACAAAUUAGGGAAAAAAACAAAAAAACAUGCUACUUGAAUAUUGUGAGAAAUCAUCAAAGGAGCAUACUGCAAUAUAUGGAGUUUUGAAAAAUGGGCAAUGUGUAAAUACAAUUGUACUUCUUUUUGCCAAUAGGAAGGAAAUAUCCUGCUGUUAUUGCUGUAAAAUGUAAAUAUAUUUGUAUAGAAGUUUUAAGGAUCAGUUGUAUUAAAUCCUAAUUGUUCCA